AUGGCACAGCCCGACCAGACGAGCUCGUCGGUCUUCGUCGACUCCUCAUUCCUCAUCGACGACAGUCUCAUCACGUGUGAAGUCUGCUUCGAGCCGUUCCAUCACCUCGUCCGCGCGCCCAAACUCCUUCCGUGCGGCCACAACUUUUGCGAAACGUGCAUCUUCAGUCUUUGUCUGCAUCAGGAGGCGAGUUUUCGCGAUAGGAUGUUUUUUAGAGACGCGAACAUUCAUUUUACAGUACUACCUCUUGGACUCGAUCAAAUGUCCCACGUGCCGACGAGAAUUCGCGACGAACACGGCGAGAAAAGCGCCGACCAACUAUGAUCUUUGCAGUGAGUCUCACUGGUGCACUUGUCUUGUCAUCCAGCAAUUUGUAACCCGCACAGAAAUGCUCGAGAACAUUUGGAGGCAAAAAGAGCAGAAUGUGACGGUGAUCGAGGUUCCGCUCGUCGAACUUCCGCCCGUCAUUCAGGAGAUUUCGGUCACCAAAAAGCCACGUCAUCAUUCGCAUUCGCAUUCGCAUCCGCAUCCGAACCACGUCGGCAAAAAGAUGAGGGCGUUGGCGAAGAAGAGCGAGGAGAGCAAGCGCUUCAAGUGCGUCGAUUGUCAGCGGAACAUUUCACAGAAGAACGUGUUCCGCGUCUCUAGAUAUUGUGUGGAUUGCACGAGCACCAGUCGAAUGGUGAGUUUAAACGUGUCAACAACCCGAAACAAGACGCCAAAAAAAAAAUUAGUUGUGACACGUCACUUUGCCGCCAAAAAAGGUGGUCAGUCUCGUCAAGAAGUACGGUAUUUAUCAGAUGUCUCAGAGAAGUUGGUCCCUCAUAAAUCUGAUAUUAUUCGAGAGCCCCCGCGGGGAAGAAAACAGAGUUGAGCGGACGAACACGGAAGAAUUUUUAUCUUUUUUGGGAAAUUUUUUCAUGAAAUGUGAUCAACUGACGAAAUGUAGAGCAAAGUGAACUGUGCUCAUAGAAAAAUAAUUGUAAAUUUAACUUUUCACACAAAAAAGUUAUUCGAGUUGUUCCGUUAGCCCUCUUUUUUCACGGAACAACUCGAAUAACUUUUUUUUAGUUCUACGAAAAACAAAUAUUUUAUUUAAUCAAUAGUUCAAAAUUUGGAUUCCCGCUUUGAACCGGGCCGACCGGGCCGGGCCGGGCCGGAGUUUUGAAAAUUUUGGCCCGGCCCGGCCCGUGGCAACUCUGUAUAUCAUAUUUGAGUCCUAAAAAGAGCGGGCUUCACUGUUUGUUGAAGAUAUUGUAGAACUUUGCUCAUUUUCCAGACGAUCGCGUGUCUCGAGUGCUGCGUGAACCAUCACAACGGCCACGAGCUGCUCACCGAAGACGCUCUCCACCACAACCAACUCAAAACGCUCUCGGAGCUCCGUUCGAUCCGCCGCAAAGUCGUCGACUCCUCCGACACGUUCGACCGUCGGACCGCAGAGGUCCGCGAGUCUGGGAUGGAUGUGUGCAAGACGCUGACCGCCGAGAAACAGAACCUUCUCACGUUCACACUCGCCUCUAUUGAUGACGUGAUGCGGAGAAUCGAGUGUGCUCCGAUCGUGUUUCCGCCGGUGCUGCGCACGAUUCGCGACGAGCAACUGCACAAUUUCACGCGUCUCCACAAGCUGUCGAGUGUGCUCGAGAAGAGUCUGAUGUGCCGCAAAAACACAAAGCCCACCUCGCUGACGUUCAUUGAAAACAUGAAUCAGAGCAGCGGAUCGUCGCCGAGAAGCGCCUCGAAAGUGCUGAAUCGUUCGCUGUCGAUGUCGGUGCGUCAGUCGAAAGUCUCCCUUCGCGGAGACGAUUCGCUCUUCCACGAGUCGAUCGCCUCGCUGCUCCGUCUGAUGCACAAGCAUCCAAUGUGUCUCCAACUCGACUUUCACCACUCGACCGUCUCUCCGAAGGAUACGGUCGAAGAGCGCAAGCGGAAGAUCAUGUCGUGCGCGCACGCGACGACGUGUAUGCUCGAGCCGGACUCGACGCAAGUGUCGAUGAUACCGCUGUUCGCCGACGUGCUCCUCAACUGCUUCUUCCAAUUGAAUCGGCUGUCGAAGAACAAGUUUGUGAGCGACAAGAAGGCGUACCGACGCGUCGAUGUGUGGAAACAGGCACAGAUCAGCUACACCGAGCUGCUCUCGAUCACCGCCAAACACUUUCCGUCGCAUCAUCCGGAAAGAGUGGACAUCCUCGACGAUCUCGCCUACCUUUGCCACUUGUACAGUGAUGUCGCCGAUCAGGUAUUCUAGUCAAACACUUGAAAUUCCCCAAAAAAACCCCCCACUUUCCAGGCGACCGUGACCAUCUGUCUGAUCGAAGCGGCGCGUGCGCGUGCCUCCGACGCCUCCGGACUCACCGAGCUCGAGCAGAGAAGAACGGAAGAGCGUUUGGAGCUGAUCGACGAGCAUCUCAUGGAAUGUCGCCGUCAGCAGAAGCUUUUCGAGCUGCGAAAGAGCUCGAAAACUAAGCGGAACGGAGGAUUCAAACGUCUUUUUGGCGGAUGUUUCACGGCGCAGGAGAAGGACCUCAACGACACGACGCUCAUUUGCUGA